GGAAUUGUAGUUCUUUUACUUAGCAAAGAGGCUAAACUCCCAAGUUCCCCUCUCUUUCUCGGCCGACUCUUCCCGUCCAGUCGCAUCCAAAGUUCGACAUGCAAAGCGAGCCGUGCGUCGAUGGAGCAGCGCCAUGACGGAGGAGUAUGACGAAGAUGUCGUGUUUGAGAACUCGCCGCUUUUCCACUACCUGCACGAUUUAGGGCACACGGACUUCGAAGCAUGUCCGGCGGCAGCGAGGGACGAAGACGGCGACCUGGGUUCUUGGGAUGUUCCCCGGGAAGCCCAGGCGGGAGUCAUGCAGACCUUGGCUGAAGCCUUGUGGAGAUGGAACCCACUUCAGAAGGCGGCCUCCUCUCACACACUGGAGCAGCAGCAGCUGGACUGCGUGCUGGGCGAGUACUCGGUGCGCUGCAUCCUGGAUCAGGACGUGCUGCUGCAGGAGGACGUGGAGCUGAUCGAGCUGCUGGAUCCCAGCCUGCUGACGCUCCGCUCGUCGCACGACCUCGCCGCGCUGCCCCGACUGGCCGUCUUUGCCGCGCUGUCAUCGUGGGACUUGGCGUGGCUGGUGGGCCUGGCGGCGCUUCUGCUGGGUCUGUGCUCGGCCCCCGGGGGCGCGCUGGCGGCGGCCCCCUUGGUCCUGGUGGCGCUGGGCUGGGCGGCGCUGCGGGCGGCGGCGGCGCUGUGGAGGCGGGGCGGCGCCCGACGGGCCGUCCACGCCCGGGCCUCUCAGCUGCGCACGCUGCUCCACGACAGCAAGGCGCUGACGGGCGUGUCCCGCAAGGCUCUGCGGUUGGUGCAGGAGACGGAAGUCAUCUCGCGAGGCUUCACCCUUUUGCUCGACAGGGUGAGCGCGGCCGGCAUCUUUAGCAGGGCGGGAGCGGGAGGCUCGGCCCCCCGAGGCCAGCAGCUGAUGGGACUGCGCAAGGCGCUCUACCGGGCCCUCCGCUCGGCCUUCCGAGCCUCGCGAAGGGCCACCUGUCACAUGCUCAAGGAGUUCCCGCUGAGCUCCGAGGUGGACAACGUGACCAACUACGUGUCGGCGGUGCCUCUGAAGGAGCUGGGCUUGGGCCUGGGCCUGGAACACCUGGGCGACGAGCAGGCUCAGGAGCUGACCGACGACUACAGCCUGCCCGCCCUCAAGAUGUUGUUCCAACUGUGGGUCGGGCAGAGCUCGGAGUGCUUCCGCCGACUAGCCCUCCUGAUGUCGCCCCGCCGACUGGAGGAGGAAGUGAAGGAAGACGCGGCGGCGGCGCCGCCUCCCCCCGCGCUGCACCGCGCCAUCGCCGGCGUGACCGAGCCGCUCCAUCGCGCGCUGGCCGCCUGCCUGGCCGAGGUGCGGCGAAGCUACGACUUCCACCGCCACUUUGAGACGCAGGCCAGGACGUCGGGUUGCGAUCGCGGCGCUCGUGUCCGGGAGAAGUGCCGGGAGCUCAACAGCCUCCACGCGUCCAUUCGAAGCCUGCAGCUGCACCUCAAGGCCCUCCUGAGCGAGAUGAUCAUCAUGGAGGACGACCUGGAGAAGAUGAUGGUGUCCAAGGAGCCCGGCGAGCUGACUCUGGAGGGAUACCGGGACCUGAGCGACAGGCUCAACCAGCUGCAGCCGCAUAUGCGGGCCAGCGCCGGGUGCUGGGAUGACACCAUCGGGCAAGUGGAGCGCAUGUUGAGGCGGGCCAAUGACUGUCCAGGUAACGAUGAGGGUCCGGAACAGGAUGGGACCCCCGUGCCCCAGAUGCCUGAUCCUCCUCCGUCCUAUCCUUUAAUCCUGGACAGAGAUCCGGUUCCAGAAGAGCUGGAGUUGGAGGCCUACGUGUCCGAUUCGGAUUCCGACGGCGGAGGCGAACACUCGUGGUGCGACAUGCUGACGCCGGAGGAGCGGGAACGGCAACGGCGCGAGCGGGAGGAGUCCUGCCGUGUGCUCUCCGAGCUCAAGGCGGUGCUGGGCUUCCGCACCUUCGCCGGCGAUAGGAUGAAGAGGAAGCAGAUGCUCUUCAGCGACCAAGCUGCUUCCAUUUGCUGUUCCGACGCCCCGACGCAUCCGUUGGCCGCCGCGGCGGCGGCAGAAAGAGGCGACAGCCUAUCGGAUUCCGCGGCAGGAAGCGGAGAGGAAAAGCCGGGAGGAAAGGACGAGCGGGUGAGGCCUGACCCCUCCGAGUUCAGCUGCGGUUUGGAGGCGGAGGAAGAGGAGGCCACACGAGGGCAGUGGGUGUGCGCCCCAGGAGGAGGCGGCGGCGCGUCCGAGUUGCAUCAGUACGACGGCGAGGAGGAGGGCGGUGGCGAGGAAGAGAACCUGAAUGGAUUGGAUGGACACCUAAAGCCUAGAGUACCCACCUUGUCCAUCAUGGACAGAUUGAAGGAGAUCCACAGCUCCGAGUCGCUCAGCUUCAGCUCGGCCGUGGCCGCGCAGGUAGCGGCGCGAUCGCACUCGCUGGGCAAGAUGGAGGAGCAGACAUUUGGAGACGACGAGGAAGAUGAACACUGAUUUCUUUGUCUUCCCGUUGUUCCGGUCGGGGUCUCUGAUGUAAAGCUUGGCUGAGGAAGAGGAAAUGGGGGAUGCUAAUUUUACCGUCCUGGCUUUAUUUUGGGAGGCAAGCUUGCACUUUCAUUUGUGACAUCACCAAUGUACGUGGAAACGUCCUCGAAUUGCUUGAAAAAAAAGACUACUAAUGUCUCUCUAGUGAGGACCAAUCACUGGUGGGACGGUCUUUCCUUAGCUCCACCCUGCCUUGCCUUGCACCUUGUGCUUUUUCCAAAAUGAAAUAAAAGAUGGUUCCAGAAAAGCA